GUUAAGACAACUUUCCCCUCCUCUCUCUCUCUCUUUCUGUGUCCUUCGUCCAUCAAAACGACACCAGAUCAUGUCGUCUGACGACGAAGGCGGCGAGGAAUACCUCUUCAAGGUCGUCAUAAUCGGUGACUCUGCCGUCGGCAAAUCCAACCUCCUCUCUCGCUAUGCUCGCAACGAGUUCAAUCCUCACUCCAAGGCCACAAUUGGCGUCGAGUUUCAGACGCAGAGCAUGGAGAUCGACGGCAAAGAGGUCAAAGCUCAGAUUUGGGACACCGCCGGUCAAGAACGGUUCCGUGCCGUCACUUCUGCGUACUACCGCGGCGCUGUCGGUGCUCUCGUUGUGUAUGAUAUUAGUAGGAGAACUACUUUUGAUAAUGUCGGUCGGUGGCUCGAUGAGCUCAAAAGUAAGUUUGUUUUGCUUUUGUUUUGGUUGGAUUGUUGUGGUGGUUUGGAAUAUUAGAUCUAGAAAAAAGGUUUUUCAAAUUUAAUUAACUAUGAUCUGUGGUGAAAGAUUUGGCAAAGUGAAAUGACAUUUCCUUAAAUGUCAAGUUAAGUUAUGAUGAUUAUUGCACAGACUUGAGUUAGAAGAAAGCAAGAAAAAAAAAAGUUGAAAAGACUUGGUUUUUUGUUACUUCUUUUUG